GCGACGGGCGUCGCCCCGGUGGAGGGGCUGCGGCCCAGCGGCGCUGCUGGCAGCCAUGCUCCUGAUGAAUUCCUGCAUUCAGCUGAUUGAAGGCCAUGAUGUGGCCAACACAGAUAUUCCAAUAACAUUGACACCACUGAAGCCUACCAAAGGACAGAACAUCUUCCUUACCCCCAGGUUGGAUUCUGAGAAUUUUACAAGAUGCAGCUGGUACCGAGGGAUGGCGGCGAACUCAGAGGAACUGAUAUUUACCUAUGACCGACCUGUGUUUUACAUGGUUGGAGAUGCUUACACUGGUCGAGAGACUUUAGGUGCAGAUUGCUCCCUUCAUAUUAAGUAUUGUGUGACGGACAAUUCGGGAACGUAUACAAUCACUAUGGAAGGGAGUGUGAUUGCAACAGGACAAGUCAACUUAGAUAUCUCAGACGGACUUGAUUCGGUUGACCCAGACCAAACUGAAGAUAUGGCACUGAAACUAGAUGUUCCUCUUCCAAAGACAGCACCCUGGAAAACAAAAGAUAUUGUUGGGCUUGUUUUUGGGAUC